AAUUAGAUUCCGGAGCCUCGAGCCAUUGAGCUGUGGUCGCUCUUUACACUCCACAGAGCUCAGUGGAGUGAAGGAGGAAACGCAAUAAGGUCCUGGCCUUUUACCCUGGGAUUUCUUCGCUUCACGAUACAUUACUUCCAUUCGUCGCGCAUUGGCUUCCAACGAUGUGGCUUGUCCUCGCGGCCGUGUGCCUGGGGGCGUGGGACGUGGGCGCCGACGCCCGCAAAGCGCAUUUCCUUCCGCCGCGAGAUCUGAAUCGGCCCGACCGCAUCGUCGGCGGCGAGCCUGUGAACGAAGGUGACCUCAAGUGGCAGGUGUCCAUUCAGCAGAAACGAGGAAGCAACACGCAAGCUCACUUCUGCGGCGGCUCUCUCAUCGCGGAUUCGUGGGUGGUCACCGCCGCCCACUGCACCAAGGGCAUCGACUACAGCCACGUGGUGGUGGUGACGGGCGCGUGGGACCUGAAGCAGGGCGGCAAUGAGUACGAAGUCGAGAAGGUGAUCUGCUCAGAUUACAACGACAUCACGCUCAAAGACGACAUCGCCCUCCUGAAGCUGAAGAAGAGCGCCCUCCACAAGCGCGAAGGUGCCACGGCCGUGCCCAUCAGCUUAGAAACCCGAAAGGAGGCCGGCGUCGGCAGGAAGUGCAUGAUAUCUGGCUGGGGCAGGACGGAGGAAGGAGGCCUCUCGCUGCCGCAUAUCCUUCGGGCCGCUGACGUCGAGGUCAAAAGCGACGCCCAGUGCAACGAUACAUACAACUCCAUCUCGUAUUAUGUGCACCGGUCCAACGUGUGCGCGGGGGGCGAGUCGAGGGACGCCUGUCAGGGCGACUCCGGAGGCCCCCUGGUGUGCUGUGAGGAAGGCUCGAUGGAACCCGAAAACUGCAGGCUGAGCGGUGUGACGUCAUGGGGUAUCGGGUGCGCGCGGAAGGGCCUCCCAGGCGUCUACACUGAGGUGGCGCAUUACACUGCCUGGAUAAAAGAGGUGAUCGAACAGAACGACGAUACCAGUUCUCUCGAGAAGAUUGGGUUCUACAAGGGAGAACAGAAGAAGAAGGAAGGCAGAGGAAAAGGAGGGAGGAAGAAGAACUAACUCCCCCAUAAAAAAAGUGUGUUUGGAGGUGGUUAAUGUGUGUUUUGAUGAGAGCGAGAAUUAAAAAAAUAUAUAUAAGGAAGCUAGGCGCGGGGAAAGGGGGUAAAUACAUAUCAUCCUUAAAUUGACCUUAAGGCCAAUUUGCAAGCCCUGGGCAGUCCGUUACGGUGGGAAAAGUAAAGGGGAUGAAACAUACUAAUUUCCUCUGUAUCAUGUUUACUAUGUGAAAGCAAUAAAACAGAAGACCAGA